AUGCUCGCUGCAGUCAUGUCUCAUCACAGUCUGCCGCUGACUACUCACGAGGCGCUGUCGGGUGUCUUCGGCUCAAUCUCGUUAGCUUCAUGGAUCUUCCUGUUGGUCCCACAACUAAUUGAAAACUACAAAUCUGGCUCUGCAGAUGGCAUCUCCCUCGCCUUCCUCGCCGUCUGGUUCAUUGGCGACGUGACGAACCUCGCGGGGGCUCUCUGGGCCGGUCUCGUCCCUACCGUCAUCGCCCUCGCCGUCUACUUCUGCUUCGCAGACCUCGUCCUCAUCUCGCAAUGCGUUUACUACAACAUGAAAAACUCGCGCCGUGGCGAUCGCAAGACUUCCACGCAGUCUACCAAUAGCAUCGAGGCGCCUUUGCUCGGUCGCCGCGACAGCAGCAACAUUGGCUUGCCUGGCAGUCACAGGCGCGAUUCUGCUGCGAGCCGCAGGCGCCGCGCAAGCUCUCUCCCUACAAUCCCCGAUGUCGGUGACGGUGCCAGUGAGUGGGUAAAGAACGCGUUGAGCAUCGUGGGAGUCUGUGUUGUCGGCGCAGCGGGAUGGGCUAUCGCGUGGAAGACUGGUGUUUGGGUCCCGCAACCCCAGCACAACACCGAGGAUGCCUCGGACAACCCGGUCGGCGCAAUGAUCUUGGGAUACGCGAGCGCAGUGGCUUAUCUUGGGGCGCGCAUCCCUCAAAUCAUCAAGAACCAGCGGGAGAGGUCUUGCGAAGGCUUGUCGCUGCUCUUCUUCAUGUUGAGUUUGCUGGGCAAUGCUACCUAUGGCGCAGGAAUUAUCUUCCAUUCGCAGGAAAAGGACUACAUACUCACCAACCUCCCUUGGCUCAUCGGCUCUCUCGGUACAAUGGUCGAAGAUGUGACUAUCUUCGUCCAAUUCCGCGUUUUCGGUAACGGCGAGGCAUCUUCUGCCCUUGAGGCUUGA